AUGCUACACUCCCGACUACGACCCCUCCCCCGCAAAGCACAUCCCUCUCCGACGCAAUGUCAACCCACAGCUUCAGAUCACACCUCAUCAAACGACAGCUCUGUACCUCCACCUGACUUCCGCGGCAUAGGCGAUUAUGAUGACAACGACGACGAAGACCCAGAAGACCUCUUCGCUUCCUUCCUGCCCCACCUCCUCCCUGACGAUGCGCCCUCUUUCCACGGCGACCCGGGACAGCGCCUGCUGUACGACUCGCCGCGUUACGGGCCCUUGCAGAUCAUGGUGCCCAGCUACCCGGGCCAGAGCGAGAAGCGGACGGAGGAGAUCGCGGCGGGGUGGCGGGAGGAGGGCAGUGAUGCUGGAGCCGUCAACCAGGUCGAGGAGGGGAGAAAGCUGUUUGCGCAUUUCCUAUGGAGCGCGGCGAUGGUGGUCGCGGAGGGAGUGGAGGAUGCUGCUGCUGCAGAGGCAGGGGAGACCGUGAAGCCGGGAAAGAUGAUGUGGAGUGUCAAGGGUCAUAGAGUGUUGGAGCUCGGUGCUGGCGCCGCUCUCCCCUCCAUCAUCUCCGUCCUCUCCUCCGCCUCUUACGUCGCCAUCACAGACCACCCCUCCUCGCCCGCCUUUACCGGCGCCAUCGACUUCAACAUCGCGGCCAACGUACACCCUCCACUGCGCGACCGCAUCUCGGCACACCCGCACGAAUGGGGCGUGUUGACGGACUCGUUCGCGCAGGAGAACCGCGGCCGGUUCUCGCGCAUCAUCGCAGCGGAUUGUCUGUGGAUCAAGGGGCAGCACGAGAACCUGGUCAAGACGAUACUGUGGUUCUUGACGCCUCCCGCAGCGGCAGCAAAUGGCCAAGAGCAAAACCAAGAGCAAGGGCCCACUGAUGCAGAGGGCAAAGUCUGGAUCGUCGCCGGCUUCCACACCGGCCGGGCGAUCGUCGCGUCGUUCUUCGAGACAGCCCAGCGAAUGGGUCUGGAGAUCGAAGACAUCUACGAGCGCGACCUGAACGCGAGCGAGGCAGACGAAAGGGCAGGGGAAAACGGCGAGAUCUAG